AUGAUUGAAGCACUAGUUCUGGCACUCCCUGAUUUUGAAAAGAUCUUCGAGCUGAAUUGCAAUGCUUCCAGAGUGGGUAUUGGCGGCGUCCUUAGUCAAGAAGGACGACUUGUGCAUUUUUCAGCAUUGAAGUACAUCAACGAGCAACACAAGCUGAGUAUACAACAUGCCAAGUGGGUCGCCUAUCUGCAAGAGUUCACGUUCUUGCUGAGGCACCAAUCAAAGAGCUUGACCAGGGUUGCAGAUGCUUUGAGCCGACGAGUGGCACUCCUCACCACCGUUAGUACUAGAGUGGCGGGCUUUGACACUUUUAGGGAUUUGUACACCGGAGAUCCAUCCAUUGGAAAGAUUUUUAAGGAAGUAACUGAGGGAAGGCGAAGUGGUUUUUCUUUUGCAUGGUGGAUUUUUAUUCCAUCACCAACAAUUGUGUAUCCCAGACUGUUUCUUGAGAGAGCACAUUAUACAAAAAUCGAAUGGCGAGGGGCACUUUGGGCGAGAAAAGACUACUGGCCCAAGUUGACCAGUGACUUGGCACGAUACGUGGCGAGAUGUUUUGUGUGCCAGAGAGCAAAGGGAACCCUCAUUAAUGGUGGCCUUUAA